AAGUACUACCUCAUGGCUCAUACGCAUACGCACAUUUCACACCCCUAGAGAGAGAGAGAGAGAGAGAGAUCGAGACAGAGUGAGGAAGGAUCCUAAACUCUACGAGGCAGCAAGGAAGGGGGGCGUCGUCUCUCAGGAAUCGAUGGAAGAAACAUAACAGAGGAAGAGGCCAUGCGUAUCCAAGAUGGUAUUUUUCUCAACAGGACGCAACACGGCAACAACAAUAUCCUUCACAUAGCAGCAAAAGCCGGACGUGAUACCUUCGUUGCGGAAGCUCUCCUGCGCUUCCCUUUUCUUUCUGACCAAGUGAACUCACAAGGUGACACCCCUCUCCUUGUCGCAGCUAGGUUUGGUCACCUCCAAGUGGUGAAAACACUUGCGGACCCUAAUAAUGAGCUCCCGAAGCAAGAUGAUGAUACGGCUACUGUUGUGGAGAGUGGAACAAACUCAAUGAGCAGUGGUCGUCAAAGAGAUGUGGAAGAAGGGCUAGUAGAUCAUCAAUUGGAGCAGGCUACUUCUUUGGAGAAUGAAACAAACUCGAGGGCUCCGGAGAAUGAAACAAACUUGAGUAGUAGUCGUCGUCAAAGAGAUGCGGAAGAAGUGCUAGUUGAUUGUCAAUUGAUACAUGGUACUACAGCUCUACAUGACGCCCUAAGGAAUGGACACGAGGAGGUGGCACAGUAUUUAUUAAGAUUGGAUCCUGAAAUGGCGACCUUAGUUAAUGGUGCUGGAAAGAGUCCACUUUUUCUGGCUGCCGAAUCUCGUUGCGAGUCAUUUAUGUUGGAUAUUUUACUAUCAAAUCGGUCAUAUAGCACAAAAAGCCCAGACGGACUGAAUGCGUUGCAUGCUGCACGAGAUUGUUGUGUCAUAAUUAUUUCUAUUCUAAUAAGAAAAAAACCGGAUCUGAUGAGACAAAUAGAUGACCACGGAAAGGCAGCCAUUCACUAUGCAGUAGAAGCAGAUUAUUUGGAUUUUGUUCAUCAAAUGUUAAAGGCCGACGCUUCGAUUGCCCUCUUUCCCGAUAAUGACGGUCACACCCCUCUCCUUGGAGCAGCGAGCAGCGGGCGUUGGUAUUUUUGUCGGGAUAUACUCAAGAUAUGUCCAGAGUCAAUCGAGGCGCGCAAUCACGAAGGUCAACAUGCACUUCAUCUUUGCAAAUUCCGGCAUGCUUGUUUUCUGAUAAGGAUUCCAGAAAUAUUGGAGCUUCUUAAUGUAGGCGAUGAAGAAGGAAACACGCCUUUGCAUCUGGCAAUAAAAGAAAAUGACUAUGAAAAGGCAAUGUUAUUAUCUUCUUCGGCUUCAAUUGAGUUGGGGGCUGUUAACAAAGAAGGUCUUACAGCCUUAGACCUUUGCGAGUCAGAUUGGAAGCAUAUAAACCUAAGGAGACUGAUGUGGUUUCGUCUAAGGAGACACGGAGCCUCACGUGGCCGACACCCAAAUGUGCACAAGGUUCCUCAUGGACGACCGCGCAUCACCAUCCGUUCUCGAGAUGAAGAUAUGAAACCAUAUAUUAAUACCCUCGCUUUGAUAGCUGCACUCAUUGCCACUCUCACUUUUGCCGCUGCAUUUACAAUGCCUGGUGGGUACAACCCCAGUCCCGACAAUUUGGGAGUUGCAACUCUCGCAAAGAAGGCCGCGCUUAAGGCGUUUGUUUUAUUGGAUACCUUGGCAAUGGGCUGCUCCAUCCUUGCGUUGUUCUUGGUUUUAAGGGCAAUGCAUGUUGAACAAGAUGUAACAUUCUCAUUGACCAACACCAGUACAAUUUUGCUUCUUAUCGCGUUUUAUGCAACUUUGGUGGCUUUUAUUAGCGGUAUAUUUGCAGUAAUAGCCCCUAAUGCCUUAUGGGUGGCCAUCAUAGUAUGAAUCGUGUGUUCAGUGGCUCCUUUCUAUUUAUCGCCUGCAAGAGUUGAGAGAUUUUCAUUUCUUACCUUGUUUAUGUAAAGCAUCCUUAUUAAAGACUUCCGACGAUCUAGACAGAACAGAGCGUGGAUGAGGAAUAAAAAGAGGGAGCAAGAUUAUAUUCGAUCACUAAUCCAAAGAGGAUCACCAGUUACUACUUAUCGUGUAAGUAACACUAACAUCGUAGCUGGCUAGCUAGUGUUAGAAAAUAACCUAGACUGAGGGUAACUGGUGGUGUAGGCCAAGGUAUGCUUAUUUGUGGGGGAUAAUUAAUGAGUUUGAUUACGGAGUUAGAAGUUGGAUAAUUGAGUUGUAAUGUGGUUGAGUUGCUUUAUGAUUUGUGUAUG